GUGUCCCUCUAUCGUCACUGUUCUACCGAGCGAGUGUUCAGUAACCGCGCUGCUCGGAGGAGGCAUUACCGACAUUUCGUCUUUGACAGCCGGCUGGAGACACCUCUGCUUCAGGAAACAUUUUAACUCGCCCACAAACCACAGUCCGGUGUCGCUGUUUUGCUCUCCUAUCAUACUGAGAAGAGGAAGAAAGAAAAACAAAGUCAUCGGCUCGGGUUUGCUCCGCAGCGGUAGCCAGAGCUGAGCCGAAGCAGAGCAGACCCUGCCCUCUCUGAUCGGAGAGGGAAUCACGACCACAGGUCCAGACGCAAAGACUCUCCUCCAUCAUGCAGAGCUCCGUGCUUCUCCUUUCCCCGGUCCUCCUCCUGUGUCUCCUCAUCCCCAUCUGCACCUCCCAGAGCGACGGGGACCUCGUUGUGCAGACACGCAGCGGUCCAGUCCGCGGAACUCGCAUACCGGUGCCAGACCGAAACCACGUCACCGCGUUCCUUGGCAUCCCCUUUGGUGAAGCGCCAGUAGGGAAGCUGCGUUUCCGUCCUGCUGAGCCCAAGCGCUCUUGGACGGAUGUGCAUGAGGCCAACAACUACCCCAACGCCUGCUUCCAGUAUGUGGACAUGUCGUUCCCCGGCUUCCAAGGCAGCGAGAUGUGGAACCCCAACAGAGAGAUGAACGAGGACUGCCUGUACCUGAACAUCUGGGUGCCCUCCUCACCAAGACCUCACAACCUCACCGUCAUGGUGUGGAUCUACGGCGGAGGGUUCUACAGUGGUGCUUCCUCUCUGGACGUGUAUGAUGGCCGUUACCUAGCUCACAGUGAGACGGUCAUUGUGGUUUCCAUGAACUACCGUAUCGGUGCCUUCGGCUUCCUCGCUCUGCACGGCUCCCCUGAGGCUCCUGGCAACGUGGGUCUGCUGGACCAGAGGCUGGCUCUGCAGUGGGUACAAGAUAACAUCCAUUUAUUUGGUGGAAACCCCAAACAGGUGACCAUCUUUGGUGAGAGUGCAGGAGGUGCUUCAGUAGGAUUCCACCUUUUGUCUCCAGACAGCCGGCCUACCUUCACCAGGGCCAUCCUCCAGAGCGGGGUCCCAAACUCCCCCUGGGCCUCGGUGAGCCCCGCGGAGGCCCGCAGACGGGCCACGCUGCUGGCCAAACUGGUUGGCUGCAAUGGAGGCAACGACACAGAGUUGGUGGACUGUCUGCGCGGUAGAUCCCCACAGGAGCUCAUCGACCAGGAGUGGCAGGUCCUGCCGUGGUCUGGCCUCUUCCGGUUUUCAUUUGUCCCUGUUGUGGACGGAGAGGUCCUGCCCGACACUCCUGAGGCCAUGCUCAGCUCAGGCAACAUUAAAGACACUCAGGUCCUGCUCGGGGUCAACCAGGACGAGGGCUCCUACUUCCUGCUGUACGGAGCGCCCGGUUUCAGCAAGGACAACGAGAGCCUCAUCUCCAGGGAGGAAUUCCUGGCAGGUGUGAAGCUCAGCGUGCCACAUGCUAACGACAUUGGCCUGGAGGCAGUGGUGCUGCAGUAUACGGACUGGAUGGAUGAGAAUAACGGGUUGAAGAACCGGGAAGCCAUGGACGACAUCGUGGGCGACCAAAAUGUCAUCUGCCCGCUGGCACACUUCGCUCGCUCCUACGCCCAGCACAACGCCCUGAAGUCUAACAUGGGAGGAAACCCACAAGGCCUCUACCUCUACCUGUUCGACCACCGGGCGUCCAACCUGGCGUGGCCCGAGUGGAUGGGAGUGAUCCACGGCUACGAGAUCGAGUUUGUGUUCGGGCUGCCCCUGGAGAAGAGACUCAACUACACCCUGGAGGAGGAGAAACUGAGCCAGCGCAUCAUGAGAUACUGGGCCAACUUUGCACGAACUGGAAAUCCCAAUGUGAACCAUGACGGGAUGAUGGACAGCAAGAAGCGCUGGCCUCUGUUCACCGUCAGCGAGCAGAAACACGUCGGACUCAACACUGAACCAAUGAAGGUCCACAAAGGGCUGAGGAACCAAAUGUGCGCCUUUUGGAACCGCUUCCUGCCACGCCUCCUCAACAUCACCGAUAACAUAGACGAGGCAGAGCGCCAGUGGAAGGUGGAGUUCCACCGCUGGUCCUCCUACAUGAUGCACUGGAAGAGCCAGUUCGACCACUACAGCAAGCAGGAGCGCUGCACUGACCUCUAAGAGAGAGAGAGAGAGAGACGGGGAGGGGGGGGGGCAGCGAGAACAAGCCGUGGCCAUUUCCCUCCAUAGCCCCCUCAGUGAAGUCUAACUUCAUUCAAACAUUUCCUUUUUUUUUCUGUUUCACUCCACACACAAACACACAGGCACUGUUUAUCUUUAUUUGUAUUAUUUAUACUAUUUAUUUAUGUGUUCUUUUUAUUUAUGUGUGUCUCUGUGGAAGCUAAGAAAGGGCUAUGGAGGGAAGUUGUCAUCAAUAAGGAGGAAUAUUAGAAAUGUCAAAGAUGUGUCAUUACCUCGGGUAUGUGUAUGUGUGUGUGUGUGUGUGUGUGUGUGUGUGUGUGUGUGCGUGUGUGUGUGUGUGUGUGUGUGUGUGUGUGUGUGUGUGUGUGUGUGUGUGUGUGUGUGUGUGUGUGUGUGUGUGUGUGUGUGUGUGCCCCAGUUUAACUUAACAGGCCCAUGACACUGCACCACUGCUGGUUUACUGUGUGUUCUGUUGAUCUUCAUCUUUUGUUUUUGAGGAUUCCUUCUUUCUGACAUAUCAGGGUUUUUAGUUUUUUGGACUCAACAACACUGUUUGUUUGUUUCUGUCGAGGCCUUUUUUGUUCAUGACUACUAUAAUGACCGCUCUUCCCAUUUCCUGCGUGUUCUGCUCCUUGUGUAUUUCUCCUGUGGCAAAGCCAUAAGCUGGGUAUUUUGUGUGGAAACGCUCCAUGGACUAUAACUGUUUGGUGCCUGAUUUAUAUUUUAGAAAGUUCACCUAAAUCCGCUUGACCUUUGUCAGAAAUAAUUCAUUUUUGAUGUUUAUGGCACUCUGUCAGCUGUUUAGUACCAUACCUGUCACUGUCUUAUUUGCAUAUCAGCAUAGAUCAACAGAAAUUGGGUAGAGGGGGUGGGCAGAGGAACUGGAAACGUCUACUGAUAAUGUAAAACUGGGAAAAUGUGUUCAAAUGGCCCUGAAUGGUAACAGCUGCACUCUUGAGUUAAAGUGAGGCAUUUCACUUCGGCCACUGUUAAAGACAAUUCAUCCAUUUGAAAAUAUCUUUUUAAUGAAUUGAUAUUUAAUCUAUUCAUAUUUGCAGCUUUACUCUUACAUACUCUUUAGACAUUUUAGACUCUAAUUUGUAUAGAAAAUAUAAUGUAAAGAAAUGUCUCACUUUAAAGCCACUAUUUAAGCAUUUUAAAAUGCCUAGCGUUAGCAUUAUUGGGUGGUAUUAUUUGGAAAUGGCAAAAAACAGUACCCUUCAACCAAAAAAUAAAUGAUAUACUGUAAUAAUAAUCCUUUGUUACACAAUCUGUACGAAGAUGAUCCCUGUGAGGAUACAUUUGUACUACAUUUUGAAAUGUUUUACAUUACAUAGUGAAUCAGUUGCUUUAUGAAGGAAUCCCUUAAAGUUAACCCUUUAAACAUACAGUAUAAUGUGAUGAACUCUAAAUGCUUUUGUGUGCGUCUUUCAAUCCAAAUCUGUUUGGGGGGGAUGUGAUAAGCAAGAGCAUGGCUGUAGCUGUGAGGUCACUGAGGUCAUGUGACUUCUGUCCUUGUCAAAUCUUGUUAACAGCCCUGUUCAGAAACCACUUUUGUUCCACUGCACUGAAUUUCUUUGAGUGAGUGUAUGCGCUGUCUUAGGUGUGUGUGUGUGUGUGUGUGUGUGUGUGUGUGUGUGUGUGUGUGUGUGGUGUGUGUGUGUGUGUGUGUGUGUGUGUGUGUGUGUGUGUGUGUGUGUGUGUGUGUGUGUGUGUGUGUGUGUGUGUGUGUGUGUGUGUGUGUGUGUGUGUGUGUGUGUGUGUGUGUGUCAUCCACUCAGUGUCAUGUACAGCUGUGAUGUAUUCCAAUAACAUUUCACCCCUCUCUGUUUGGUACAGUCCUCUCUGUUUUUUUAAUCGUUUUACUUUUGAUCGUCCCCUCUCUGUUUCUUUACUUCAUUCGCUGUUUCCACCAGCUCUCCUCUCCCUCCCCAUCCUCCCUCUCCUCCCGCAGCUGUUCCUCUCCACCACCACCGCCCUGUUGCCCUGCUUUUCGCCUCUCAGUCUUCCUCCCGCUUCAUCUUCCUCUCUAAUCACCCUCCAUCCACCCUCCUGCCUCUCCCACUCUCUUCCUUUCAUCCUUCACCCUCCCCACUCAUAUCCUUCUCCUUCCACCCCAUCUAACUUUUCUCCUCUUCAUCAUCUCUCUUUCCUUCCUCAUCCAUCUCCUCGCUCCCCUCCCUACUCGGCCUCGUCCCGGUCCCCUCCCCCAUCGCUCUCCUCCGUCCUCCUGCUUUCUCGUUAGUCUAAUGGAGGCAGAGUAAUUCACUCAGCAGCGGGGUAAUGUGACAGAGCGCUUGCUCAGCCUCUGGCCUGCCAGCCAACACUGGAUGGAUGGAUAGAUGGAAAAUGGAGGUGGAAAGGUACAGAGAUGAGGCAAGGAGAAAAGGACAGAGGAAGGGGGGGGUGAGGCAGAAGGAGAGGUGGAGAUGUGAUGGAAAGAUGAAAAGACAGUCAGAAAAAUACAUCAUUGCAUAACUCUUCUCCUUCGAAAGAACUGCGUGUGAGUUUCAGCUUACACUGUGUGGCAGUGAAGAUGAAUUAUUAAAACGUAAUUAAAAGUUGAAAACCUCACUUACUUAAUAAUAAACAAAAAUAUCCUGCUUAUAUUGCCCAUACCACAUAAUAUAACUACAUAAUUUCAAUGUAAGUGAUGUUAGAAUAUAACAACAAACCAACAUACAAUCUUUUUUUUACCCAAAACCAUUGACUAAAAAGGUAUUUUACACACUGGACUUAUUUAUAUAGAUUUACUUUGUUUAUUUUGUAUUUGUAGAAUUCAAAUCUGCUAACAGAGAAAUAGACAAAAAUGGUUUAGCGGAUUUUGAGCCCUGAAAGUGGAUAUGUUAUGUGCGUUAAUAUAAUAACUUCCAUAUAAUACUGUAUGUACAGGUUAUUAUUUAAUUGUAAUGUUAUUAUCUUGUGAGAACAACAUGUUUUGUUGCUAUCUGGUUUGCAAUACACAUUGAUCUUGUGUCCACGAAAUAGUAACCUGGGCAAAACUUCCAUAUGUGGUGUGCACGUUAUUAUUUUGUGGGAAUAAGAUAAUCCACAAGAAAGAUUAAAAAAUCUUUGAGAACUUUGGUGGCAUUCCAAGAAACAAUUCAGUUAGGACUUUUAAUUCCUUUACCCCCCCCCCCCCCGAGUGUGUGUGUGUGUGUGUGUGUGUGUGUGUGUGUGUGUGUGUGUGUGUGUGUGUGUGUGUGUGUGUGUGUGUGUGUGUGUGGUGUCACUGUACCUGUCUGUCAACCUCUUUGCCAUUUUUCUGUAUUAACAAGGAGGGAACUGAAUCCGCGCUGUGAUUGGCUGAAUGCUGUCCCAGCAAAGUGUCUCUGUUGGCAUGUAAAGCUCCUAUUUAUGGACCAGAGUAGAUUAGUCUAGCUUUAAAAAGAACUAAAUAUGAAUAAAGGAUUGUAUCUGAUGUCUAAAAUACCAGUGAAGAAUGCAUGUGUGACUGGCUGUGUGAGUGACAGCUCCUCUCAUCCAAUGGGAGAUCCCCGCUUAAGCCCUCCUUCCCCUGCCCUCCUAUCAGAUCCUUGUGCAUGUCCUUCCAGUAUAUCCUUCCAAACUUGGACUGUUAUUUUCUGUAAAAUUUGUACUUUUUAACAAUCUAUUAUCAAAGUGACUAAUAUAACUCUAAUGUUAGGUACGUUUAAUGUUAGCAAUAAAUAUAUCAGUAAAGGAAUAUAUUUGAUAUUUAAAUGCAGUGAAAAUAUAACGUGAUUAAACAACAAUGAUGAUGGAUAGAGGUUGUGUUUUAAAAGCAAUAUUAUUCUGACUAAAAAUGAGUGCCAUAAAUCCUUUUUCAGUUUGUUUGACUUGGUUUCAGUCCUCUGCCUCAUCGUUGUUUGUUCCAGUCACCAGUACUGUACGUCUUGAAGGCUUCUCUUCCCAUGUCUCUGUGUAUCAUGAAUGCUGACUUGGUUAAGCUAUAGCAACAGAAAUAAAGACACCCUGCUGCUUCUGUC